AGCAGCUCCCACACAGAUAAACAAACACACAAAACACAGAAAGAAGGGAAAAUAGCGAGAGAGAGAGAGAUACCGGAAGGAAGAGGAGAGAGCAAUCGGAGAAGGAGAGCACACUGGCGUUGAUCGUACGGUCCAGAUCCACUGGUUUUCUGGAUCCGACGACCCGAAGCCAUGGCUUCCAAAGGUCCAAGGUCCAAGCUUGAUCAUGAACCCAGACCUAAGCGCCAAAAGGCCCUUGAAACUGCAAGUGAACCUCGUCGGCCAAAAGCUCACUGGGAUCAUGUUUUAGAAGAGAUGAUAUGGCUUUCAAAGGAUUUCGAGUCAGAGAGAAAAUGGAAAUUAGCUCAGGCGAAGAAAGUUGCUUUAAGAGCCAGCAAGGGCAUGCUAGAUCAGGCUACAAGGGGAGAAAGGAAAUUGAAGGAGGAAGAGCAACGGCUAAAGAAGAUUGCAGUCAAUAUAUCGAAGGAUGUAAAGAAAUUCUGGCUGAAAAUAGAAAAGCUGGUGCUUUACAAGCAUCAGAUGGAACUUGAUGAGAAAAAGAAAAAGGCACUUGAUAAGCAGCUUGAGUUCCUUCUAGGUCAAACUGAGAGGUACUCAACAAUGUUGGCAGAAAAUCUUGGGGACAGCUACAAGCCUGUUCAGCAAUAUCCUACACAAGGUCAACCAAGUAUCCAAUUCAAAGAGAUGGACAAAAAUGAUACUAACAAAUCAACCGAAUUGAAUGCCGAACCUGACACUGAAAGAGCCGACAUUGACGUUGAUGAUGAUGAUUAUGACGUACAGUCUGAAGAUAGAACUGAGGAUGAUGAUGAGAACACUAUUGAGGAAGAUGAGGCUCUUUUUACUGAACAAGAAAGGAAGGAAGAGUUGGCUGCUUUACAGAAUGAAGUAGAUCUUCCACUUGGGGAGCUACUCAAACAAUAUCCUAUGGAGAAAGAUGGACUUUCAGUUAGCCCAGAAAGUAGUACAGAAAAGGGUGAAGAUGCUACAGAAAUGACAUCAGGAGACGAUGGAGCAGAAAUGACCUCAAUAGAGGAAGAGCAUGGUAUGUCUCCUGGUAAGAAUGAGGAUGGUGCAGAACUGAUCUUGUUGGGGAAAAAGGAUGAUAUGUCUCCAGGGAAGGAUGAAGAUGGCAAAGAAAUGACUUCGGUGGAGGAAGAGCGUGUUAAACAGGAUGAAGAUGGCACAAAAAUGACCUCAGUUGGAGAAGAGAAGGGUAUGUGUUCAGAAAAGGUUGAAGAUGCCGCAGAAAUAACCUCAGUGGGGGAGGAACCUGGUGAAAAAAGUGAUAUUUUUGUGUCCGAUAUAACCGAGAAAAUCAACUCAGAUGUUGUCACUGGUCGUCGUUGUGUGCAAAGUAAUGGCGGUUUGUCCAUUUCAGAAAGCCAUUUAUCAGAGAUUGAGAUAAAUGAAGAUAAAAAUCAUUCAGAAGCGCCUGUACAGCUUGCCAAAGGACAGAUGCGAUAUGAUUUUAAUGAUGAACAUGAAGAUGGUGACUUCAUUCUUGCUGCUGGAGAAGAACAGGAUGAUGAGACAACCUUAUCAGAGGAGGAGGAACUGGAAAAAGCAGAUACCAAUGACCGUAUGGAUGAGAUUGCCUUACUGCAGAAGGAGAGUGAAGUUCCUUUACAGGAACUGCUUGCAAGGUAUAAAAAGGAUUUAAACAGUGAUGAAGUUGCAGAUGGUGAAUCUGAAUAUGGCUCUGCUCUAUCAGAGGAUUUUGUGGAUUCUUCAUCUCUUGAAGACCUUGAACCAAAGCAAGAUGAUUAUAUGGAUGAAGAUAUUGACUCUGGUGAACACCAGCCAGCUCUUGAUUCUCCUACUGAAGAACACAGUGCAAGUAUAACUAAGAUUUCAGAAGGGGGAAAAGACAGUGAAAACAGACUUGAGGAUGCGGCUGCUGCUGCUAGAUCUGCACAGCCAACUGGAAACACCUUCUCCACAACCAAUGUCCGCACAAAGUUCCCCUUUCUUCUUAAGUUCCCUCUACGUGAGUAUCAGCAUAUUGGCUUGGAUUGGCUUGUAACGAUGUAUGAGAAAAGACUGAAUGGGAUUCUAGCCGACGAGAUGGGGCUUGGGAAGACAAUCAUGACAAUUGCUUUGCUUGCACACCUAGCAUGUGAAAAGGGAAUAUGGGGUCCUCAUCUUAUUGUGGUCCCAACUAGUGUAAUGCUUAAUUGGGAGACUGAGUUUCUUAAAUGGUGUCCAGCUUUCAAAAUCCUAACUUAUUUUGGAAGUGCUAAAGAGCGCAAGUUGAAAAGGCAAGGCUGGUUGAAACCCAACUCAUUUCAUAUAUGCAUAACGACAUACAGACUGGUUAUUCAAGAUUCAAAAGUUUUCAAGCGGAAGAAGUGGAAGUACUUGAUUUUAGAUGAAGCCCAUCUGAUUAAAAAUUGGAAGUCUCAGAGGUGGCAGACUCUUUUGAACUUCAAUUCCAAACGGCGCAUUUUGUUAACUGGUACUCCUCUGCAAAAUGAUCUCAUGGAACUUUGGUCUCUAAUGCAUUUCUUGAUGCCCCAUGUAUUUCAGUCUCAUCAGGAAUUCAAGGAUUGGUUCUCUAAUCCAAUAUCAGGGAUGGUUGAGGGGCAAGAAAGAGUAAAUAAAGAAGUUCUUGAUCGUCUGCAUAAUGUUCUUCGUCCAUUCAUUCUCCGUCGUUUAAAACGAGAUGUGGAGAAGCAGCUCCCUAUGAAACAUGAGCAUGUCAUAUACUGUAGACUCUCCAAGAGGCAGCGUAACUUGUAUGAAGACUUCAUUGCUAGCUCCGAAACACAAGCAACUCUUGCAAGUGCCAAUUUUUUUGGAAUGAUAAGUAUUAUAAUGCAACUUCGUAAAGUAUGCAAUCAUCCUGACUUAUUUGAAGGUCGUCCAAUUGUCAGUUCCUAUGAUAUGGGGGGUAUUUACACACAAUUGAGUUCUUCAGUAUGUUCAAUUCUUUUACCUGGACCCUUUUCUGCGGUAGACCUUAAGGGUUUGGGGUUUUUAUUUACUCAUUUAGAUUUUACAAUGAAUUCUUGGGAGAGUGAUGAAGUUAAAGCUCUUGCUACGCCAUCAAAUUCAAUCAAGGAGCGUGUUGAACUGAUUAAUCUUGAAGAUAUUGGUGGACUUAAACAUCGCAAGAAGUUGCAUGGUACCAAUAUUUUUGAAGAGAUUCAUAAAGCAAUUAUGGAGGAGAGACUAAGACAAGCAAAGGAACAUGCUGCAGCUGUUGCAUGGUGGAAUUCCUUGAGGUGCGACAGGAAACCCAUAUACUCAACAAGCCUAAGGGAGCUUGUUACAGUAAGACAUCCUGUUUUUGAUAUUCAUUGUCACAAGGCUAAUCCUAUAUCCUACAUGCACUCCUCAAAGCUUGCUGAUAUAGUCCUUUCACCAGUGGAGCGCUUCCAGAAAACGAUUGACCUGGUUGAAAGCUUCUUGUUUGCAAUCCCUGCUGCGCGAGCGCCACCACCUGUAUGUUGGUGCAAUAAGUCUGUAAGUUCUGUGUUUCUGCAUCCAGCUUAUAAGCAGAAAUGCUCUGAAUACUUGUCUCCACUUUUAUCACCGUUCAGACCUGCUAUUGUUCGAAGGCAAGUAUAUUUUCCUGACAGGCGACUUAUACAAUUUGACUGUGGUAAAUUGCAAGAGCUUGCAGUUUUACUUAGAAAACUAAAGUCAGAAGGUCACAGAGCACUAAUAUUCACUCAGAUGACCAAGAUGCUUGAUACCUUGGAGGCUUUCAUCAAUCUGUAUGGUUACACAUAUAUGCGUUUAGAUGGAUCCACUCCGCCCGAGGAGAGGCAGACUUUAAUGCAGCGGUUUAACACGAAUCCAAAAAUUUUUCUUUUCAUAUUGUCAACCCGUAGUGGGGGUGUGGGUAUUAACCUAGUUGGGGCAGACACUGUUAUCUUUUAUGAUAGUGACUGGAAUCCUGCUAUGGACCAACAAGCUCAAGAUCGAUGCCACCGUAUUGGACAGACACGUGAAGUAAAUAUUUAUCGGUUGAUCAGUCAGAGUACCAUUGAAGAAAAUAUCCUGAAGAAGGCAAAUCAGAAGCGUGCACUUGAUGAUCUAGUUAUACAGAGUGGGGGCUACAACACUGAAUUCUUCAAAAAGCUUGACCCAAUGGAGCUUUUCUCUGGUCUUAGGGCACUUCCCGUGAAGAAUAUGCAAAAGGAGAAAAAUCACAACACAACUGAGGUUUCUCUGUCUAAUGCUGAUCUUGAAGCUGCUCUAAAGCAUGCAGAAGAUGAAGCCGAUUACAUGGCAUUAAAGAAAGUUGAGCAGGAAGAAGCUGUGGACAACCAAGAAUUUACAGAAGAAGCCAUUGUGAGAUUGGAAGAUGAUGAAUUAGUAAAUGAGGACGAUGUGAAGAUUGAUGAACCUGCAGAUCGGGGUGGAUGCGUGGCAUCUUCAAGCAAAGAAAAUGGGGUUGAUCCUAAUGAAGGAAGAGCUCAUACUGUUGCUUGUAGAGAAGAUGAUGUGGACAUGAUGGCUGAUGUCAAACAGAUGGCUGCGGCUGCUGCAGCUGCAGGACAAGAAAUCUCAUCAUUUGGCGAUCAAUUACGUCCAAUAGAUAGGUAUGCAAUUCGUUUUCUAGAAUUGUGGGACCCAAUUAUAGACAAGAAAGCAGUGGAAUCUCAGGCUAGGUUUGAGGAGACAGAAUGGGAACUGGACCGCAUUGAAAAAUACAAGGAAGAAAUGGAAGCUGAGAUUGAUGAAGAUGAGGAACCUCUUGUAUAUGAAACAUGGGAUGCUGAUUUUGCAACUGAGGCAUAUCGGCAGCAGGUUGAGGCUUUAGCUCAAAUUCAGUUGGAGGAACUGGAAUACGAAGCUAAACUGAAGGAAGAUGAAGCAGAGGAAAAUUGUGAUUCUAUGAAGAAUGAGAUGCCAAUUGAUCCUAAACCAAAGACUAAGAAGAAAUCGAAGAAAGCCAAAUUUAAAUCUCUGAAGAAGCAGUCUCUAGCUUCUGAACUGAAACCUUUGAAAGGAGAGCUACAAGCCGAACCUAUAUCCAUAGAUGAAGACUCUCUCUCUCAUGAGAUGGUUACCUAUUCCGAUACAGAAUCACCACGUUCAAGUGUGCAGAGAAAACGUAAGAAGGCUGAAGUCAUACCAGUUGGCGAAGAGAAGAGUUCAAAGAAGAAGUCUAAGAAGCUCAAGAAGUCUACUCUUGAAAUAUGUCCUACGGAGUUUGAUACUAACCUCUCUACUAUGGAUCAUGAUGAAGUUACAGAGUCAAAACCAUGUGAGAGUAUGGUUGAGUUUGAUCAUAAGCCAGCUAGCAGAAGCAAAAUGGGAGGGAAAAUUUCUAUCACUUCCAUGCCUGUAAAGCGAAUUCUACUGAUUAAACCAGAGAAGCUAAAGAAGGGGAAUAUUUGGUCUAGAGACUGUAUUCCAUCACCAGAUUUUUGGUUGUCACAGGAGGAUGCUAUGUUAUGUGCUGUUGUACAUGAGUAUGGUCCUCAUUGGAGCUUGGUUAGUGACGUGCUUUAUGGAAUGACCACUGGUGGGUUUUAUAGGGGAAGAUAUCGCCAUCCCAUCCAUUGCUGUGAGAGAUUUAGGGAACUCAUCCAAAGAUAUGUUUUGUCUAUACCGGACAAUCCUAACUAUGAAAAAGUUAACAAUAUAGGAUCUGGAAAGGCUCUUCUAAAAGUGACAGAGGAUAAUAUUCGAAUGUUAUUAAAUGUUGCCGCCGACCAGCCCAAUACAGAGUUCCUCAUUCAGAAACACUUCACUGCCUUGCUUUCAGCUGUCUGGAAGGUGACAUCCCACAAAGACCGCCGAAAAAAUCUCCCAUCUUCCCAGAAUGGUUUAUAUUUUGGGGGAAGCAUUUUCAGCCCUUCCAACCAAAAGUCUCAGACUCCCAUGAUGGAACGUACAGAAAGAAUGAAAUUGACCAAUUUCGGACACAGUACCAAGUUGGUAGCGGCUGCACUGAAUGAUGCCAGCAACAGACAGGGUACCAAGUUGGUACCAGCUGCACUUAAUGAUGCCAGCAGCAGGUGUGACAAUGACACAGUGUUUCGUCCAAACCUGGGGAAAGAUUCUUCAAUUGAAUCAGAACGGUUGGAUAUAACUCUGGAAUUUCAGGGAGCAAAAGAUGACACAAUGGAUGAAUUGCCAUCUGUUUUAAAUUUAUCAAUAUCUGAUUCUGACCGUUUUCCAUUGCUAAAUAAAGCUACUGAAGAUCAUCAUCUAAGGAAAUCAAGCAAUGUAAAUUUGGCUGAGAACCGUUUCAGGACCGCAACAAGAACUUGCAAUGAAGAUGCCAUGGGAUGGGCUUCAUCGGUAUUCCCAACAAAUGAUCUCAGGUCUCGGUCAAUGUCAAAGUUACCGACCACGGGAAAGCACAAACUUGUCUUCUCUGAUUCCGUUAGACCUUCCAAAUCGAAGAUCAGAAAAAGUUCAGUGGAGCAUGGUGAGAUGCGUAACUUCGUUUCUGAGCAGGUACUCCCCCCUUUCCCAAUGGCUGCACCACUGAAUCCAAAUCCGAGGUUUGACCUGAACACCCCCAUCGAUGAGGAUGCUGGAAUUUAUGAAUUGGAAAGCAAUUCCUUUUCUUGCCUUGACGAGUCUUUGCUGGAAAUGGAAACCUUCGGAGUUCUCCCACAUGAAUACGUUCCUGGCUUGAUUGGAGGCCUCGAUGAUGAACAAUUGCCAGAAUAUACCGACAUUGGGUAAGCUCUGAGAGCUGGAGCCAUAAGUUUUGGUAUUGAAAGACGUUGAUGGAUACCGGCCAUUGGAUUUGGGAUUAUAGAUUUUUUGCUCCCUCCCAUCAGACGCGGUGGACUAUAAAGCAAAUGACAUUUGGGGAGCUAGGACUUUUACCCUUUUGAGAUGCAGAGGGAGUGUUUUGGCACGUCUUGCUGUCAUAUGCAGAAAUCGAUCAUUCUGCUCGAAGAAUGGAAGCUAGGAUCAGAGGAAACAAAUUGUGACACAAUUUUUGUAGUUGGAACUUUUCACUGGCAGAUGUUUGAAUUUGUUUAGGGCUUCUAUUGAGACGUCUUUAUGGGCAUAUUUACUCCAUUGGAAGUAGCAAAUGAAAUUACUCUCUCUCUCUCUCUCCCUCUCUCUCUCUUGUGGUCAGAGUAGGCAAUCAGUUAAGUCGUACACUUCCUUUGUUCAAAGAGUUGGAUUAGACGUAACAAAAAUAAUCAAAUCAUAUGUUUUACUCCUAGAGUGUAGGCAUGAUACUUGGGGAGGUAGAUGAUAAAGAAUUUGAGUGUGUAAUGACUUUUCUUUUGGCUAAAUUAUAUUUCUGACCAUAUUUAGCUC